GGUGGAGGGGUUGGAGGAGGAGGGGUAGGGGUGGGCGUCCCCUGCAGGAGCUUGAGCGUGAGCGUUGUCAAUAAGAUUGCCAACGACACCAGUCCUUCCUCUGCGGCGCCGAAACGCAAACUGGGCGACUGUGGGAGGUCCCUCUCCUUUUGUCAGCCUCAGCAGCCCGUGAAGCCGGUUCUGCGACGCGUCCAGAGCACCCUCGCCAUGAGGCCGUCUUUUAGGAAGAAGUUCAGUCUCGGUCGCCGGAAACCCUCGUGGAGUUGGGAAGCCUCGCCUGCCAAGGGCUUCAGGACCGUGUGCGUGGUGGUGGGCGCGCAUGUGUUCACGUGGGCGCCCUACUCGCUAAUGGCCGUGGCGGAGGCGGUUCUUGGCGUCGAAAGAGUGUCUAUUUUACCUCACUGGAUUAGGGUUACCUCGACCUUACUCCUGUUCACGGCGAGCGUGUUCUACCCCAUCGUCUACGGGCUCUACAACCGCUCUAUAAGGAAGGAGGUCGUGACCUGCCUUUGCCCCAGCAGCAGCAGAGCCCGGCGCAGGGGCAGCCUCAACCCCAGGCCCUCGACGCUUAACUCGUUCACUGAAGGCAGCGUCCUGGAUUUCUCCUCCUUACGUCACCGCGACAUCCUGGAGAAGCCCCUGACCCCAUGCCCCAACCCCGGCCUCCUGACGGCGCCCAUCCCCACCAUCUCAGGCUCUAUGGGCAUGGGUGGGCACGCGCCGCCCCACCUGCCGCCCAUCUUCCUCAUGACGGAUUAUGAUCACAUACCCACGCGCGGGUAUAACCUCAAUGCUAGGAAGCCUUCGCAGGACUCGGAUUGCUGUCUCUUCGAAUUUUCCUCGUCACUUGCUAGGGAAGCCGGACAGACAGGAGCGGUCAUGGCUUCCGGAGACGACUUCGACGCGGAGACGCCGACCCACAGCCAGAACCACCUCCACCUCCACCCGCGCCCCACGCGAAGGGUUUCCGCCCCCAGCGUCCUCGGCAGUGUUCGCGAAGACCCCUCGACGCCCCCGCCCUCGCCCCCUCAAGCCUCUGCCGCCGCGUCGUCGCCCUUGGCCCUCCAGACGGUGGCCUGCGGUAGCAUCUCCCCCGCCGUGAACCGGAGGAAGAUGGCGAUUAUGCCUCUCUCGCUGCAGGUGCUGGCCGAGAGCGCGGCGAAGGCCCCUGCGGCUCCCCUGCGGCGGGUGCGGAGUCUGGACAAGCUGCCGACGGGUGACUACGAGGCCAGGGACAAGAAGUACCUCUCGCUUCCCUACGACAAGUCCCUCACGCGCUACAUCAGGAAGAAGCAGUCUCUCCCGCCCCUGGUGAGGGAGACGUCGCUCACGGGAGUGCCCCCCUGCGAGCGCCUGGCCCGGAGGAAGGGCUCCAUGUCCAUCCUGAAGGUGGUGGCCAUCCCCGAGGACUGCGGGGGGGCGGAGGGCGCGCCGGAAGUGCCGGACUCAGGGCGGGGGAGCGUCGACAGCGGCGAGGUGGCCAAGGCGCGCGCCCAACGCCAGAUCAGCAUCGACGAAGGGAUCGGCGCAGAGUGCCUGGUCGAAGAAGACGCGGCCGUGGAUUAAACGUUUGAAUAGCUAGGACCGUUAGAACCGUUAGAACCGUUACGACCGUUAGAAUCCCUUUACCAUCCUCAGGCAGGUUCGGAUAUGGGUCUUUUUUAUUUAUUACUUUAUUACAUUUAUUUAUUACUGUUUUCAUUUAUUUAUUUACUUCGGGUUUACAAUGAGAACUAUUCCAUUUGUUAUCUAUUUUUUCAUCAUGAAUAAACAGAGGGUCCAAUAAUGGAAUACCUCUAGUUAAGAAAAAAAACCCUUUAAUUAUGAAUAAUAAUUACUAUAAUUCUCAGUUUAUAAUCAUGAAAAAGAAUCGAAGAUUAUAUUUUAUUUUUACACCUAAAACUCCUGUAACCGAUUAGGAAUUAGGAGAAACAAACAAACAUACAAAGAAGAGCAUACAUUUAGUCAGCCUAUACUUAAUGUUUUGUGUAUAUACCUGUGAAUAUUUUAGUGUUAAUCUACUUGUAAAUAUGAUAGUUUCAUGUCGCCUCGCAUUUAUAAGAUGUAAAAAGUAUAUAAUAAGGCCUUUUUUUACGUAACAUAAGCAAACACACACACAUACUUUCAUCCUCUCUCUGUCUGUCUCUCUUUUUUCUGUCUUUGUAUUUUUGUUUAUCUAUCUAUCUGUUUUUCUCUCUCUCUCUCUCUCUCUCUCUCUCUCUCUCUCUCUCUCUCUCUCUCUCUCUCUCUCUCUCUCUCUCUCUCUCUCUCUCUCUCUAUCUCUCCCACCUUUUACACCGAAGAUCUCAACAGAGUCAUACCAAUGAUAAACUACCUCGUUUUGACUGAAAACGAUACGAACCUCAGUUUUGUGAAUCAGUCUUGGAAAAAAAAUCUUUUGAACGAAUUUGAGAGAAAAAAAAGUUCGUUUGACUUUCUCCACUAUAUUUAAAAUCAAUAUGUUGAGUGGAACAGAAAAUCUACUCAGUGAAAGUGGAUAAAAGCCUUUUAUCGAAGGCUCUAGAAAGAAAGCACAAAGACAAACAUAUAGACAGAAACAACAACAAUAACGAUAAUGUAUUAAAACAGUGGCAUUUCGUUUACCUUGAAGAAUACUCUAUAAUUUAGAGAGAAACGAACAGUGCAUUUUAUUAUCAUUUUAAUUAUUAUGAAUGACAUUUCGAAUAUCCUUCCUUCGAAAUGCAUAAAGAAUAUCUAUCAUAGUUAAUAUGUAUAUCACAUCCUGAUUUCUGGUGAUAAGAAAUCAACAUGUAUAUCACUAUACGUAUCAUUAGGAAUAGAUAUCAGAAAUUCCCCAGUUUUAUGGUAUGAAAUUGUGAUAAAAAGGAAUGGUAUAUACCAGUGACUGGUAUGAGCCAGUCGAAGAUUGGCUGAUUGUAAUGUUAUAUAUAUAUUUGAA